AAUGGUUUUAGCGUGGUAGCCGAAAAGCUGAAUUUUUUCAGAUUCAUAUCUCAUUUUCGUUCCGUCCAUAGGGGAGCUUUUUUUGCAAGACAGAGAACUACAUCCGUGCGCAAGCUACUACCAGAAUCGUGGGGAUUUCUUUGCCCCGUUCACACUCCCGAUGGUGAACCUUGUGGGUUGCUCACUCAUUUAAGCUCAUUGUGCAAAAUUUCCACUGACCUCGAUCAAAAUAAUCAUCCCAAGGACCCCAAGGUUAUUCAUCGAACUAUUGCUACGGUGUUGGCUCAACUCGGCAUGGUUUCGAUUUCACCUUUAUUGGCGUUGUCAGGCCCUCCCAAGUAUCUGGCGGUUCUCCUUGACGGGUGUGUACUCGGUUAUAUGCCGGUUGGAAACAUACCUCAAACCGUUUCUCACUUACGAAGUUUGAAAGUGACCAAGGGUUCUCAGGUCCCUAUCGAUCUAGAGAUUGGAUAUGUUCCUUGCACGUAUGCUGGGGCUUACCCUGGCUUGUUUCUGUACACGACGCCAUCACGGUUUCUUCGCCCAGUGAAGCAACUUGAUACAGGAGCUAUUGAACUUAUCUCUGCCUUCGAACAGGCAUACAUGGAAAUUGCAUGCCCCGACGGAGGAAAUUGCGGUCGAACACCUUCAGCUCCACCAGCAACUCACAUUGAACUGCAUCCGACGGCUAUGUUGAGUGUGGUUGCAAGCUUAACACCUUGGUCGGAUCACAAUCAAAGUCCUCGAAAUAUGUACCAGUGCCAGAUGGGAAAACAAACGCUAGGCUUUGCUUCACAGGCUUUGAAGUUUAGAACGGAUCACAAAAUGUACAAUCUUCAGAACCCUCAGUCUCCUGUUGCGCGCAACGUUAAUUACAAAAAGUACAACAUGGACGAAUUUCCACUUGGCACCAACGCUGUUGUUGCAGUGUUAGCGUACACAGGUUUUGACAUGGAAGAUGCUAUGAUUAUGAACAAAUCAUCGAUGGAGAGAGGUUUAGCACAUGGACAAAUCUAUAAGACCGAGCAUGUCGAUUUAAGUUUGCUGCAAAAAAAAUCUGAUGGAAUUGUGAACCUCUUUUCAAGACCAACUGGGAAGAGAAAUAUACAUAAUUUUCUUGACGUGGACGGUCUUCCACACAUUGGCCAGACUAUGCAUAAUGGAGAUCCUUAUUGCAGUGUUUUGAAUACAAUGACUGGUGAUGCGAAGCUACAUAAGCUUAAAGCUGCAGAAAAUGUCGUCAUAGAUUCCGUCAUCGCCAUCGGGCAUGGCAGAGACCCACUUCAAAAGAUCGCUGUGAAGUUUCGCCAUGAUCGAAACCCGGUUAUUGGUGACAAGUUCAGCAGUCGCCAUGGACAGAAAGGAAUUCUGUCACAGUUGUGGCCAGAUAUUGACAUGCCAUUUUCGGCUGUCACCGGGAUGCGUCCUGAUAUUAUUAUCAAUCCCCACGCAUUCCCGUCUCGUAUGACGAUCGGUAUGCUUAUGGAGUCUAUGGCUGCCAAGGCCGGCGUUCUUCGAGGCGAGUACGUGGAUUCGACUCCCUUUAGAAGCAGCUCAGCAGCUUUAGAGGCAAAAGAUGGUAAAACAGGAAGCGGCUACAAGGGUAAAGAUAAGCAUUAUCCCGCGAUUAGUGAGUUUGGGGAGCAGCUGGCACAGCACGGUUUCAAUUACCAUGGCACUGAGGUUAUGUACAGCGGUUUGCUAGGAACGGAACUCACCUGUGAGAUCUUCAUCGGUGUUGUGUAUUAUCAGCGACUGCGACAUAUGGUUUCGGACAAGUUUCAGGUCCGCUCACUGGGUGCUAUCAAUCCCGUCACUAGACAGCCAGUAGGUGGUCGCAAGCUCGGUGGAGGCAUACGUUUUGGAGAGAUGGAGCGUGACUCGCUACUUGCACACGGUGCAGCGUAUUUACUACACGAUCGAUUGCACACAUCCUCCGACUACCACGUUGGAGACGUGUGCACCACUUGCGGGAGUCUGCUGUCAACUCUGAUGGUACCCUCAAAGCAGCCCGCCGUCGGUGCUCGGAACAAACCCAAGAAGGCUACCUGCAAAGUCUGCCAGUCGAAUGCUGGAGUCGUCAAGGUUGCCAUGCCAUUCGUCUUCCGGUAUCUUGCAGCAGAAUUGGCAGCCAUGAACGUGAAGCUUACCCUCAAAGUUGCUUCAGCGUAAGGAAGGGACCACUGUACUUGGAGCAAAGGAUCUAGCAUGGUUUUUGGUCCUUGAAGGAGCGGACCCAGCCCUUUGCAGAGCAUCUCCAGCUCCACAUACGCUCCCUGCCGUCAUCCGGGCAUCCUCAAGCCUCACUGCAUCUCGAGAAGACAAGCCUUUAUCCAGGCAAGCGCUCCUUCGCUGGCUUGGCUCUUUUUCUUUGCUUGUUUUCCGUCAAUAUAUAUGGCGUUGGAACAAAGAGCCUUCCUUUAGAAGACAAGGCGAAGAAAUGCUAAGAACCGUUUUUCCU